AUGAACGUGCUCAAACUACAGAGGAAAUUCCCGCAAUUCGACCAGGCAGACAUCUUCUCCCUCCAAGAUGCGUUUCGGAAGCUGGAUGUCGACGACAGGGGCUAUCUCGACGAGGCCACUGUGAUCAAGGCAACGCAACAAACGGAACGGAAGCCUUAUGAUGUCGUACGCCAAGCCUUGAAAGAGGUCGAGUUGGACAGUUCCCGCCGCGUCGAACUGGAGGACUACGUCGAUGUUAGUAUCCUGAAAAGCACUUUCGUCAAUGAUGCUAACGCAAAUCGGCAGCUCAUCUCCAAAGUUCGCUUUGCAACAGCGCAAAAUCAGGCUGGUGGCCAUGGUCCCGCAGCAGUCAUACCAGGAAAUGUCACUGGGCAGUCCCGCCACGUCUCUAAGGGGAGCAUCGGUGGGAAAAUCCAUGUACAAGGCUCGUCUGCAAAUGUGACACACACUAUAAACGAAGAUGAGAGGACCGAAUUCACCAGGCAUAUCAAUGCUGUUCUCGCAGGGGACCCAGACAUCGGCCACUCUCUACCUUUUCCUACCGAUACCUUUGAGAUGUUCGAUAAAUGCAAGGACGGUUUAGUGCUAGCAAAGCUUAUCAAUGACAGCGUUCCAGACACGAUCGAUGAGCGUGUUCUUAACAAGCCUGGGAAGAGAACAAAGGAAUUGAACGCUUUCCACAUGACCGAGAAUAACAACAUCGUCAUCAACUCCGCCAAGGGAAUAGGGUGUUCAGUUGUCAACAUAGGAAGCGGCGAUAUAAUCGAAGUUCGUGAGCAUCUUAUUCUGGGCCUCAUUUGGCAAAUCAUUCGCCGAGGUCUCCUCGGAAAGAUUGACAUAAAACUGCAUCCGGAGCUUUACCGGCUGCUUGAAGAAGACGAAACAUUGGAGCAGUUCCUUCGCCUUCCUCCGGAGCAGAUAUUGCUACGUUGGUUCAACUAUCACUUGAAAAAUGCAAAGUGGGAUAGAAGAGUUACAAAUUUCUCAACCGAUGUGAAAGACGGGGAGAACUACACCAUACUACUCAAUCAAUUGGCGCCUGAGAUCUGCUCGAGGGAUCCCCUUCGAGUUCAAGAUUUGGUUCAACGUGCUGAACAUGUUCUGACAAAUGCGGAAAAGCUCGAUUGUCGAAAGUUCCUGACCCCUACUUCGUUGGUUGCAGGGAAUCCGAAGCUUAAUCUUGCAUUUGUGGCAAACUUGUUCAACACAAUUCCUGGUCUUGACCCGAUUACAGAAGAAGAGAAACUCGAGGUUGAGGACUUCGAUGCUGAGGGCGAACGAGAGGCCAGAGUUUUCACUCUUUGGCUAAACUCCCUCGACGUACAGCCUUCUGUCAACUCACUGUUCGAUGACCUACGCGAUGGAACCAUCCUGCUACAGGCGUAUGAUAAGGUAAUUUCUGGCAGUGUGAACUGGAAACAUGUCAACAAGCCUCCGACGUCUGGCGGAGAAAUGAUGCGGUUCAAGGCAGUCGAGAACACCAAUUAUGCAAUCGAGCUUGGUAAACACAUUGGUUUCUCCCUUGUCGGUGUGCAAGGAGCGGAUAUUACCGAUGGCCAAAGGACUCUUACGUUGGGGCUGGUCUGGCAACUCAUGCGAAAAGAUAUCACUAUAACUCUCUCCGGCCUAGCACAACGGAUGGGCAAACGCGAGAUGACUGAUGCAGAGAUGAUAAAAUGGGCAAAUGAGAUGUCCCGAAGGGGAGGAAGAACUACGACAAUUCGCAGUUUCAAGGAUCCGUCUAUUGGAUCCGGUAUCUUCUUACUUGAUGUGCUUAAUGGCAUGAAGAGCAGUUACGUUGACUAUGAGCUCGUGACGCCUGGCCGGAGCGAGGAGGAGGCCUAUGCCAACGCUAAGUUGAGUAUUAGCAUAGCACGAAAGCUCGGGGCGACGAUUUGGCUGGUCCCCGAAGAUAUUUGUCAAGUUCGAUCUCGCCUAGUUACCACUUUCAUUGGUUCGCUCAUGGCUACAUACGAGAAAAUGCAAUAG